AAUUUGGCACACAACCCUUCUCUCGAAUUCAAACCCCAAAUCUCUCUCUGGCCUUUUUCUUUCUCUACCUGGAUCCAAUUCCGGGGUUUAACUAGGGUUUUAAGUCUAAUCAGAUCCAUAUCCUUUUUCUACCAGCUCAGCUCAGCUCCAAUCUUUCCACUUUCUGGUUAGGGUUUAUUCUCUCCAAUUUUCGAACUUCAAUUCAAAUCUCAUCCAACUCCGUCACUUCUCUCUCAGCUCCACUUUUCAAUGCCCCCACCAACUGGUACAAUUUCUCUAGUCUCUACAACUCAGUGAGAACAAGGCUUUUGCUAUUGGGAAUUGUACAUUAAGAAUGCGCAUCUUGGGGAAUUCUUGCGAAACAGUGGUGCUGAUGGAUAAGUGAUAUGAGGUGUUGAAUAUGAGCGAUGGGGGUGGGGAGAGUGGAAGAGAGUUUGAUCGGGGCACGAAGAGAAAGUCAAGUGAUCGAGAUUUUCCCCAAGCAAUUGCCAAGAUUGCAGUAGCUCAAAUAUGUGAGAGUGCAGGGUUUCAGGGUUUUCAGCAGUCUGCACUUGAAACACUCUCUGAGGUUGUGGUUCGGUACAUUCGGGAGUUAGGAAAGACUGCACAUACCUAUGCUAAUUCAGCAUGUAGGACAGAGUGUAACAUUUUCGAUAUUAUUCAGGGUUUGGAAGAUUUGGCAUCGCUGCAGGGGUUUUCAGGUGCUUCAGAUAGCGAUCAUUGUCUUGCAGGAUCGGGCACAGUUAGGGAGAUUGUUCAGUAUGUUAGCGAAGCUGAGGAGAUCCCGUUUGCUCAUUCCGUUCCCCAUUUCCCAGUCAUCAGAGACCGGAAGCAAACACCUAGUUUUCUGCAAAUUGGAGAAGAGCCUCCUGGGGAUCACAUUCCCGAUUGGUUGCCUGCAUUUCCUGAUCCACAAACUUAUGUUCAUUCCCCGGUACUGAAUGAGAGGGGGGCAGAUCCUUGUGCAGGUAACAUUGAACAGGCCCGGCAACAUAAGAAGGCAGAGUGGUCUUUGUUGAAUUUGCAGCAGCAGUUGGCUUGCAAUGGGUUGGAAGGACCUUCCAUGAUUGACCCUGGAGAUGCUGCCAAGGCAAGACGAGCAGCUGAAACUAACCCAUUCCUUUCUGCCCCUCUACACUUUGGGGAGAAGGGAGUUUCUCCAGUUUUUCUUCCAGCUAAGCUUUCUAAUGAAGCAGUUGUGGAAAAUCAAGCUGGGGAAAAUCAUGCUGUGGCAAAUCAUGUUUCAGUGUUAGAGACGUUUGCUCCAGCUAUUGAGUUAAUGAAGAGUAGAUCAUGUGAGUCUGAAGAGGGGAGGAAAAAAGUUCUUUCUAACCAGAGACCAGCUGUGCAAUUUAAGAUUGAGAUUGGCAAGAAGUCCACAGGCACAGCCCUGGAUUUGAGCUUUCAAAACAAGGAUGUUGAGAAGAUCACCUCUUGGUUUGGGAAGGAUAAUGAGAAGGAUGACAAGAAAAGGAGGGCAGAGAAAAUUCUGAAGGAGUCUAUGAAAAACCCACAGGAACUGGCUCAGUUGUAAAAUAGGUCUUUGUCCUUAGGAUUUGUAUACUUCUAGAAAACUGGCAGCAGAAGCUGGUUCCAAGGUAGUUAAAAUUGUGUGGCAAAUUGUUGUCAGCAUAUGGGUAUUACACACUGCGGGAGGGGAAUGUUCCCACUUUAACAAGUUUUCAAGUUCACUUUUGGUGGUUGUGCAGAGUCAUAUUGUGGUUCUGUUGGUUUAGACUGUGAGGCAUCACCUUGUGUAAUAUAUACAUGAUCCCAUAAAAGAGUUCUAGCUGGAAAAAUGUCUACAAGAACCUUAUUUUUUCUGCCUUCUAGUCAACUGAAACUGGAAGAUGCUCUCUUCAGAUUUGUUUCAUAGGCCCUGAUUUAUUAACAUGUUUCAAUUUCUGUAUGAGAAUUAAUGUCAGCUUGUGCUUAUGGUUUGGGAGAAAUGUUACAUGAAUAUGGCCAUUGGCCAGGAACCUCUUUCUUGUGCAAUAGACAGUUUCAGCUUGACAAUUAAAUAUGAAGUUGCAAGUUGUGCUUAUUGUCAACUCUAACAUAAGGUUUUAAAGUGGAAAAAGUAAAGAGGAAAUAAAAAAUAAUUUAUUUAUUUAUUUAUUUUUAUGAGAAACAACAAUGUGAUAUAUUGAAUUAGGAAUUAAGAAGUACAAUAGAAGGAUGAGGAAUCCUCCUACUAACAAAAGCUAAACAAAAGGAAUACCACAAACCAUAAACCGUAAGGUAACUCCUCACUAACUCACACCCUUAGAACUACACAUUGCUAACCAAUCAAGUUGAACCACAUUAAGGGGAAGACCCUUAAAAUUUAUAGUGAAAGAGGCUUAAAAAGAAGUAAGGAAAUGAACGGUAUCCCAAAGAACCUCUAAAGUCUUGCCUUGUCCUAAAAAAUCAUAACUGUUCUUUCCCAUCACAAAACCUAAAUUAAAGCGAUACAAGCAAUUUGCCACAAUACUAUGCCUCUCCUGGAGCUUCCCAAUCCUUUAUAUGAAAUAGUCACCAUAUCACAAAUACUCCUUAGGAGAGCUCAAUCCAUCUUGAUCAAUCUAAAUAAUCUGUACCAUAGCCCCAACGUUAGAGGACAAUGUAAAAAGAGAUGAUUUACCAAUUCUCCAUGCUCCAUACGUAACUUAUAGAUAUUAGGAUUGAGGGCUUUGUAAGGUCUUCUCAACUGUAGUAUGUCAUUAGUGUUUACCUUUUUAUGUGCCACUAACCAAGCAAAGGACUUAACCUUAAAAGGGACUUGAGAUUUCCAAACAAAAUUAAUAGUGAAAAAAAGGAAUUAAAUCAGAAUGGUGGGACAAGACUAAAAAGAAGACUUUAUUGAAAAUAAACUUGAAGAAGAUAAAGACUAAGAUCUCGCAUUUGGAACGGACGGGGAUAAGUGCAAAUGAGCAAGAGAGGGCUUAAGUCUUUCUAGAUCUUUUAUUUCAAAAUUAGAAAUGUUACUAUGGAAGUUAAAAUUUCAAGAGAAAGGAUAAGUAGACCCAAGAAUUGAUGAAAUAGGAAGCUUUUUACCUGUGACUAUUCUAAAAAGUCUUGGAAAUUGAGAACCCAAAGAUUGAUCCCCCCACUACAAGUCUUUCCCAAAAAUAGAUUCUCUCCUAUUCUUCCACCACAAACUGAGCAUACCUAGUAAAAUCUUGAAAAACCUGUGCAAUAGCCUUUCAUGAGCAACAAUGUGACUACUUGACUAUAGUGUUGGCAUCUCAUCUAUUUGUAUGUGUCCCAUGUAUGCUUAGAAUAACCUGAUGCCACAAAGCUGAACUCUCCCUAAGAAACCUCCACAGUCAUUUCCCUAAUAAAGCAUGAUUGCUUAGAGGAAUCUUCCCAAACCCCAAUCCCCCUUUCACUUUAGGCUUACACAAUAAAUCCCACCUAGUAAGAUGGUCUCUCUUAGUCUCUAUAGCCCCUAACCAAAGAAAAUCCAUUUGCAACUUAUCAAUUUUUCCCACGACUGCAGCGGGAAUCUUGAAUAAUGGUAGGAGAUAGCUAGGAAUAUGGGAGAGACAUGAAUGGAUAAGCAAUAAAUGAGCCCUGCAUAUUCAGUGGAUUUCAGAAUUUCCAUUUUUAUUGCCUGGAAUUGUUAUGCCUUUCUUCCUGAUCUUAUUAAAGGUGGUUCAUUCCCUAAGCUUG